UGGUAACAGUUACCAUGGAAACGGAUUGUUUUGAAAUAUGAACCUAUUCUUAUCGAAGUUUACUAUAAAUGGAUACAAGUGAUUGGAAUGGGCAUUAAUUUAAUGUGAAUUACUGUAAUCGAAUACGAAAUGCCAUUAUUCAGUAAUAAGUUUUCGGCAAAAACUAUUCCUGUCAGAAAACACGACACCUCUGUGAUAAAAAAUGAGUUUGGUAGUGAUUAUGCUUCGAAAGAAUUGUCUCUCGAUUUAGGGCCAUUGACUUUAAAAUUAGGCGAUUUUGAAGUAUCUUUUGAUGAAGGCCAAUGGAUUCCAGCGUCAGGCAAAGCGGGUGCAGCACAUAAAGAAAACCAAAAACUUAAAAAAGAGCUAGAAAGAUUGGAAGAGGAGAACAAUAUGCUGCGUCUUAAAUUCGAAAUUCUGUUGGAUAUGAUGACAGACAAGACCGUGGAAGCUGAACAACAGGACAUACAAAGGGCACAAAGCAUGGGUUCAUUGAAACCAAAAAGUAAAAAGCAUAAGUGGUAGCAAUUAAAAGGAAUGAGUAACUGAGGAUAAGUUUUAGAAUAUGCUGUUAUACUAGACAGUAAAAUAUUCCGAACCUUGACGAUGGCAUAUUUUGAAAUGGUUUCGACAUUCUGAACAGUUUCAGAAUGGCUGUCAAUCAGCCACUAAUACAGAUAGUAAAAGUAAACUAGGUAGUAACAGGGCCGCCUUUAACCUAUUAGAGGACCUGGGCAUAUUAGAAUAAUGGACCCCCCUAGGACUUUGAUGUGGCUUAUGACGGAUUAGGAAAUGGAGCGAGUCACACUGAUGAGUGUACUAUUGAUGAUUUUUUUAAAUGUAUAUGUGCUUAGUAUACCAUUGGUUUUGAUUCUAGCAUGAUUCUCUUAAGCUUAACUUAAAUUUGCCAACAGUGUAUUCUUGUCAUUCCCUAUAGAGAAUGAAAAGGAGAGACUGAUGUUAAUUUUAUUUUUAAGUUUAGAUAAUCUUGCGAGUAUCUACACCCAUUACAUAAUUAAUGCUGAAGUCGGAAAGCCUAAUUUUUGGGCGAGAGUAGAAUAGCUUCGUGCAUGUAAAAGCUAGUAAGUGGGUAUUGUAGUAAGGAAUUUAGCUUCGAUUUCUUCGAAUUAUAUAAGUUUUUUGGUAAUAAAUAUUGGUUAUCAUUUGGUGAUCUGACAGGAACUAGGGACUUUCUAUUUGAUCUGAGAGGCUUAUUGAUCGCGGGGUCUUGGGCACUUGCCCAAAGUGCCCACUGGUAAGGAGGGGUCUGGAUAGUAAUAGUAAUAUAAUAAUAGAUUCUCGGAAAAACUAACUUAACAACAACAUCUAUCGAAAAAAUUACAAUGGCAAAAGAUCAACUUACAACUUUUCUAUUUACACUUUUUUCACAUAAAUAUAAUAAAAUAAAUAUAAAAUAUAAAUAUCUGUGGGAAUGUCAGAAUAAACGACUCUUUGGUUUUUUAUUAUUAUCACCCACAAAAAACUUUUCCUUUAUUUUUGAUCUAUUGUCACGCCACGUAACCGACAACUAAACUUAAAAACGUUUUCAAAAACUUGUCAAAUAGCCUAUUCAAUUAAUAAACAUAAUGCAAUAAUUACUGAAAAUUACUCCCCAAGACUAAGUGAACUAAGGUAUAUUAUUAAAAGCAAGGCUCCACGGGGCAGGUGAUGGGGUCAGAGUACGCAACAGCGCAAGUGAAAUGAUAUUAUAGUAGCGUAAGCGUCUAUAGCCUAUGGGUGCGGCCAGAGUGCACUCAGA